AUGGCCGUGCUUGCACGUCCUUUGCUCUGGUUCUAUCAUGAAUUCGGCAUCGACUCGAUUCAGAAGACUGGCCGCAACGCUUGGCUCAUGAUAGCGGCGCGCUCUCUCCGCAUGUUUGCUUAUGGCACGAAUGCUUUGGUCCUGGCACUAUUCUUCUCGGAACUUGGCUUUUCCGACGCUCGAAUCGGACUGUUCAUGACCUUGACUCUUCUUGGAGAUGUCUUUCUGGGAACCUCCUUGACGCUCAUCGCGGAUCGCUUCGGCCGACGGAAAAUCUUACUUGGCGGAAGCUUUCUGAUGGUAUUGACUGGGCUCUGCUUUGCCAUCUUCGAAAACUUCUGGAUUCUUCUCUUCGCUGCCAUCGUGGGAGUGGUGAGUGCGACUGGUGGAGACUUUGGUCCCUUUCGAUCGAUAGAAGAAUCCAUUAUCUCUCAACUCACCACGCCGUCUACUCGAUCAGAUGUUCUUGCGUGGUACGUCACAUUCUCUGCUUGGGGCUCAUCAGUCGGCAGCGAAGCAUCGGGCAGAAUCAUCGACUAUCUCCAGAACAGAGAUGGCUGGACGAUUAAAGACGCCUACCACUCGCUCUUCUGGGUAUACGCUGUGAUGGGUAUCGUGAAUGCGAUGAUUGUCUUCUGCUUGUCCAAAGACUGCGAAGCCGACGCUCUCCAAGACGAGAAGAACCCUGCCGAACCUUCAGCAAACCCUACUGCCCCGGUCGAACCAUCAUCACAGUUCAAAGCCCUGACAACCCGCCUCACUUCAUGGACUGGACACAUCUCAGGCUCGACGUUGUCCGUCGUCUGGAAGCUGUGGGCUCUGUUGGCACUCGACUCACUGGCAGAUGGCAUGGUGCCGUACUCUUUGACCACUUACUACAUGGAUACCAAGUUUCAUCCCAAGAAGAGUACGUUAGGUGAUGCCAUCUCGGUAAGCUACUUCCUUCAAGCAAUUGGCGGGGUCUUUGCAGGACCGCUGGCGAGGAAGAUUGGCUUGGUCAACACCAUGGUGUUCACGCACAUCCCUUCUUCAGCCGCAGUCUUGCUCUUCCCGUGGCCGAACGUGUUUUGGAUGACAGUCAUCCUGCUCUGCGUCAGAUCGGGCCUGAACAACAUGGACCAAGCUCCACGAACAGCUCUCAUUGCAGCGAUCGUAAAGCCUGAAGAGCGAACAGCUGUCAUGGGCAUCACAUCUAUGCUUCGAACUUUGGCUGCAACGACCGGCCCCAUGGUCACUGGAUUCUUGGCUGGUAGCGACCGCUUCUGGGUGGCAUUCGUUGCAGGUGGUGCGUUCAGGCUGAGUUACGAUGUCGGUUUGUGGGUGCUGUUCGUCCACAUCGAGUUGCAUCAGCAUGAGAAGCCUGCAGACGAUGACCUCCAAAUGGCCGAGCAAUUCCGAUUGAGUGACCGUGAAGAUGAAGAGUCUACUUUGAGUGAGGACGCAAGAUUGUCGAAAGAUAGCGAAUGAUCGAUGAUGAUGAUGAUGAUGAUUACGAAUACACGAGGCAAUGUCCACGACACAAAACGGUACUUGAAAGGCUCAAAUUGGCGAUAGACUGCAGGCAAGUCGAAAAUACAUGCUUUCUUAUCAU